AAGUGACCGGCAGCACACGCGUUGGAGAACCGCGGAUUCAUAGGAUCCAUUCUGCAUCCUACGGCGUCACGGCCCCGGCUAUAUGCGGCGCUUCGACAGGCUUCUAGAAAUCACCGUUGGCAGCGUGGGAACGAGACGACGAAGGCGACCACCAACUGUAGCACAACUGAAGCGAAGGCGUACCAUAGCUGCGUGCGUGUCGCGUUUCCAACGCGGAGUUUCACAGUCGUUGUUUAUUCAGGCGUCGUUUGAUCCGCUCUCUGAACUGCGGCGCUAGCAGUCACUGUCGCGCAGUGAUUGCGUUUCAAGUUUGCUUGGUUCGGAGCACAUGGAGACGGUGGGCGUUUACGCUGACGGCGGAUAAUCCAUCCAAGAGUACUCAGCGUGUUCCCACCCGGAAGAGCGUUCGCGGAGGAUCCACUCGAGUGUGUGUGUGUGUGGCUGUCGGCCAACCCGUGGUUAGGAACGCGACCAUGAGGCACGUCGGAGUCGGGUGGAUACCGCUGGUGUUCGGCGUGGCGCUCGCCGGCGGGGCUCUGCUGACGUUCGUGUGGGCCAUUGCGCGCGGCGAUGUCACGCCUUAUCUUCCCUUUGUCAGCGAAGCUGGCACGGACCCUCCGCAGAGCGGUUUCUUCUCGCUGUGCCUCUUCGUUUCGGCCACAUUUGGGCUGCAGUGCGUCCUGGUUCGCUACCAGACCGUCCGUUCGUUCAACGCCAGUGUCAGUAAGAAGCUGGAUGCCAUGAACGGUGCCUCCGCCAUCGUUGCUCUCGUUUCCUUCGUGGGAAUGGCCACUGUGGCGUCAUUUCCGGUGGCAGACAUUCCGACGGUUCAUUCAGUCGCCGCAAACGUCCUUUUCUUCGGGAUGUUCGCUUACCAAGUAAUGCAAACAGUCAUCACGUACUGGAUGUACCCGAAUUUCAAUGGGCAGGUCAUCGUCAUCGUGCGGAUAAUAAUCAGCUGCUUCUCCGGACUCUCUGUUGUCCUAAUGGGCGUGCUUGGAUCUGUGGGCAGGUCUACGUGGAAGGAAAAAAACUACGACCACCCGAUCCGGCAGAAAGUUCCGUCGGACGAGGGUUUCGGUCUUCUCGUCGGCGCGGCCGCCUUCGAGUGGAUCCUCGGUCUGUGCUUGGUCCUCUUCUUUUUCACCUUCGUCCGGGAGUUCCACAAAGUGACGCUCGAGAUCAAGGCCGACCUGCUGGUCGAGCAUCUGGACGACGAGCCGAUAUUCCGCAAGUCGCCCUACAUGUCCGAGACGACGUACCUCCGGGCCCACGAGACGUGACGCCAGUCCGCUUUAGCAAACGCGGUUUAUAGGGUGGCGCUCUCGAACAAUUCGCUGACCAUCUUUCUGAAGACUGGUGAAACGCACGGAUGUGCCUUAAUUUCCCAUAUACUAUAUCCCAGGCCACUGACCGACCGGUGGCCUGGGAACAGCAGUAGAAGCACCAUGUUGUAGCAACUACAUGAUGCGUAUUUCCGGCGUGUUUUCGACGCCAUGUGGCCGCGCUUAUUUCGCGCACGGGAUGCAUUCGCUGUAUUGAGAGCUUGAAAGGCGUUGCGUAAGAUAACUUAAAAGCGCCAUGAAAUUUUCACGGGGCGCAUUUGUGCCGGGAAUGCAUGCACCGUCGGCAUGGCGCGCCGUGGAAUACAGUCGAGGCGUCUGGGCGCCAAAAAUACGCCGGAAAUAGGUUUCGUGUGUUUGAUGAUUUGUGUAGCACACUUACGGAGGACCAACUGUGGGCAAAUAAGGAAAGCCCGGUGCCAAAGUCUUGAGAAGGCAACUUGUCAUCGCCAGAACAGCAAUUGCUUUCCUUGGCUGGAUUCGUGACAGCUUCCUUUCCCCACAAGCGCGAUGGGCCAAAGGAAGCAGGAUUAAGUUAAUGAAUGCUAUCGCUACUGAAGAUAUUGGCGUAUUGUCAUUGCUGCGUCAGCCAGAACCGGCGUCUCAAGCUUGCGCUAGUUGCGGUCGUCGCCGAAUUGCUUGUGUACUACCACUCUCAUCAGCAUAUGUCUACAUGAAGCGCGUCACGGACCCCAAAAAUACGCUAGAAAUACGUUGCAAUGUGGCUGUCGGUUCGGCCUCUUUGGCAUCUCGAACACAUUUAGGAAUCUGAUGGGUAGGCCUACGUCUCUACCAGUGCGCAGUUUUCAGGUGGCUAAGAAGAACCGCACGAUGCUACCGAGCAAAAACUGUGACAAUGAAAACGGCGCACUGGGAAUAUUGUAGGAAUGCGAUAAAUUAAAGACGCGCCGAGAUGGAGGCUCCAUAAACGCUAACGAAUGUAUGCGUGAUAAAAACAUCCGCGUGUCGGCGUGUCCUCGCGUCUAUGUAGGUCUGUUGCACACCAAUAUGCUGUGCAAGUUCGCACCGGUGUUUAGAUGAAUCUUUCAGUUGAGUUUUUUUCUUUCGACAUUCUCUAUACGCUCAUUCGUACUCUUAUAAGUCGAACGCAUCAAUGAGACAAUCUGGGUCAGUAAAACUCGGGCAUUAACUUUCCUCUCAUACACCUAAUUUAAUCGAAAGCGUUGACAUACCAGCAAGCGUUCGUAGCUAUUUUGGACAAGGGGCAUAUAAAGAAGUUUGUUUUUGAAUCUGGAGCUUGGGCGAUGUGUUCUGCUGGGUGAUACCAACUCCCUUCUCUUCAUUAAAAAUUCGUUUUCAUGCGUGUUCGGCGGGCGGGUGCCGUUAUUGUUUAACGUGAGCGAAGAACUGUAGCGAUGAGUUCUGACAAACCCGACAACAAAAUCGUGCCGUUAAAGGCGAGUAGUUUACUUACAAACUACAAAAUAAGCUGAACCAGCGUAUGGCUCGAAUUGCUUACAAUGCACUUAACUCAAAAUUAUUCUUUCGCAACAGGAUUAUGAAAAAGAUAGAUUGAAACUAAGUGCAUUCAUAAGUCUGAGUAUCGCAAAUUUUAUGACUUGAUUUAGAGAACAGGCGAAUUAUGAUUUUUGUAUAGGAAAUACUAUAAAACAUCAUACUGUCGAUAAUGACAUUGGAUUUUGUUGGCUGAGUUCUCUUCUCACUUAAGCCCGCAUGUGAAGUCUUUUUUUUUCUUUUUUCAAGUGUAGAUAGACUUGCAGUAACUAAACAAGUGAUUACUGUUAUGAAACCACUUGUGAGCGUGUUUUUUGAAAUACACAUUUGUACGCGUGACGACUGUUUGUUUCUUCAGAGCCUUUAUCUGUCGUAAAUUGAGACGAGAUCACAAAUCUGUUUAUCUUUAUGUAUUUGUUGCAUUAAACACGUGCAAUUUCA